GCAUCGUGGUUUAAGUUUUUUUUGCAGUUAACGUUUAUUGUAUUUGAGUUUAUUUCCUUAAAUGCAUGUCAUUCGCAUUUCGUAAUUUGUGGCGUUUGCGAGUGCAGGAGGGGAGAGCAGCGUCCAGCCAGCUGCACGGUUUGAGCCGCCCGCUGGGGAGACUCCAUCACGGAAACAAACCACCCCCUCCCACUCGAACGCCCCCCGCUUCAGAUGGAACUCAAAACACAUAAAGCCUCCAUGUUGCACAGGGAAUGUCGUGAAACGCUGCUUAAAAAGUGCAUGUCUCCCUUUUAAGACGCCGAGUCACUUGUGAGUAAUUCAUGCUUUUUUUUUUUUUUUUUUUUUUUUUUUUUUGUUGUUUGUUUGGACGGGCAGCGAAUCCCCAGAAGGAGCUUCGGAGUGUUUUCAGCGCUGUUGCCGACGGGGACGGCCUCGCAUUGGAUAUUUGGAGCUAACUGGCUAACCCCAACGCUGCUGUCCGACUUUAAUUAGUUUGUAGUUUAAGCUCGGUUUUUAGUUUUCUUCUCUCUUUUUUCUUUCUUUCUUUUUUUUUUAGACAGAGACAUUGCCGAAGCUGCUCGAAGCGAUAUAUAUGUACAUAUAUAUACAGAUAUAUAUGUACAUAUAUAUAUAUUCGGUCAGCCAUAGAUGACAGCCUCCAAACUGCGCCGUGCUAGCUGGCUGGCUCCCACCGCUGCCACAACGCUUCGCCUCAGACGGUUUCCUGGCUUUGUGGCCAAGCUGCUCGCCCUCGGCGUCAACUGCUAGUAGCUUAGUGGAGCUAGCAGACGAAGCGAGCGCGUCACCGCGAAUAACAUUGUUGCAAGACGAAGCAAGAAUAAACACCCGCCUCAAUGGACCACAUGUCCAUAAUAACUCAAGUUUCCAACCCGAAGGAGGAGGAAAUAAUCUCUUUUAACCAAGAAAAAGCAUCCCAGUCGAGCAGUAGCCUGAAGAAGCAGAGGAGCCGAAGCAUAUUCAGCACAUUAUUUUGUUGCUUUCGCAACUACAAUGUGGAGCCACCAGCCACCAACAGCACUCCGCCUCCACCUGUCGAGGAGAACGGAUCGCCUCCCAAGUGUGACCAGGUCGAGGUCAUCCCUGUCCCUAGUCCGCCAGCCAAAUACCUCCUACCAGAGAUGAAAAUAUCUGACUAUGGUAGAAAGUGUGUGGUGAUAGACUUGGAUGAAACACUUGUGCACAGCUCAUUUAAGCCCAUCAGUAACGCUGAUUUUAUUGUACCGGUGGAGAUCGAUGGUACCGUUCAUCAGGUGUAUGUGCUGAAAAGGCCCCAUGUGGACGAGUUCCUCCAGAAGAUGGGAGAGUUGUUUGAAUGUGUGCUCUUCACGGCCAGUCUCGCUAAGUACGCAGACCCUGUGGCCGACCUGCUGGAUCAGUGGGGCGUUUUUCGAGCUCGGCUCUUCAGAGAGUCCUGCGUGUUUCACAGAGGGAACUACGUCAAAGACCUCAGCCGGCUGGGGCGGGAGCUCAACAACGUUAUUAUUGUCGACAAUUCACCCGCGUCCUAUAUUUUCCAUCCAGAAAAUGCUGUCCCGGUUCAGUCCUGGUUCGACGACAUGAAUGACACAGAACUCCUGGACCUGCUGCCUUUUUUCGAGGGACUCAGCAAAGAAGAGGAGGUUUACGGAGUCCUGCAGAACUUCCGGAGCAGGUAGCAGGACACGCCGCCUUCCUCUUCUUCCUCCUCUCCAUCGGUCGCUCUCUGUCCCUUUGUCCGGCCCGUCGUCGUCUCCGGCCCCUGGACGACGACACGACGGCAGCGCGUCACUGUGGAAACCCUCUCCCUCUCCCCCUCUCUCUUGUCUCUCCUCCUGAUGACUGGCUGCCUUCCGAGUGCCAUCAGAAAAACAAACUUAAAAACCUUUCUUACCCCAGGACCACUGUGUCUCACAGAAAGCGGACAGAGCGGAGGACAAAAUGCUGAGAGGAACGAACUCUGGUCUUUAUUUUCAAAUCGGCAGACUUUUACUAUUCAGUAAAGUGCUAAUUUUUAAAACCAAAAGUAAAAGACAAAAAAAAAAAAAAAUCAACUUUCCAUCUUUAGACUCUUUUUGUGGUACCACACAAAAGCCUGGAAACUAUUUUGUCCUCAUAUUGUUGCUAUGCAGGCAGUUUCUGGUGGUAGGAUGGACUGUGACUCUUUUCUUACUGAAUGAAGUGCCUUGUAUGAAUGUCGUUUAUAUGGGGAGUCGUUUUCUACAUGGCAGAAUAUGCUUUAAAGUGGACACAAAAGUAUCUUUAUCCAAGGACUUUGCUUUUUUUUUAUCAUCAUCCGCUGGCUAUUUGUUUCAUAGUACUUUUUUUUUUUUUUUAGUUUUCUUGUGCCAUUAUUUAGAUGUGACUUUGUUUCUUUCAGCUUUUAUUAUUAUUUGUAGAGCUAGUCAUUAGGAGAAUGCUUGCAGUUGAGAACAUCAACCCCCCCUCCUGCAAGCUGGGUUGUUUUUUUGUUUUUUUUUUAUCAUUUGGUCUGAAAGCUCAGAUAAAACUGUGCCAUUUCUUCGUUUCUGUCACAUUGUUUCCCAUAUUGCAUUUUAUUAUUUGCCAAAAUGAGGAAAUGUGUUUCAGCACGCUUCAUAUCUUCGCCAGACUUUGAGUAGACCAUUACUAAAUAUAGCAUUAUAGUUUAUUUUCUGUGUGUUGAGAUGAUCUGUCAUGUUUAUCAGAUGGCUAGCUCUUUUAUGUGCGCUUUUUUAAAAAUUUUUUUUUUUUUUUUGAAAGUCUGGGGGUUGUUGCAGCAAAAUGGUCCAAGUGCCAUGUUUUUUUUUUUUUUUUUUGUCAGACUCCAGGAUCGUUAGGAAGAGUUUGUUGUUAAAAAUCACACCUUCAUUCUGACUUGUGUGCGGUCGUGGCCUGGCCUUAUUCAGCCCUGGUGUAAAAACCAGCGAAGACCAUAUUUGAUGUUUAUUUUCCCAGACUUUUUCUUUUUAAAGAGGGGGGAAAAAAAAACAAAAAAAACUCUUCUUCACCUCAGUGCCUAUGUUUGAGAAGAGCCCAGCAAAACCGAAUGCUGCAACAUUAGCUACCAUGGCAAUAACCUUUUUUUUUUUUUUUUUUUCUUUUUUGUUUUCUCGUUCUUUCCUGUCCGGUAUGUUUGUCGUUUCUAAGAGCACUUGACAAAUCUCGGUAGUGGAGGUUUGACUGCGACACGAUUUGAUGAAAGACGACCUUUUUUAAAAAAAAAAUCUGAUUUUAAAGUGCUGGAACAAUUUUGAAUGUUGCACGCAGUGAACAGGUCGACGACAUCGCCAUGUUUACCAGCUUUCAUCGAGCCAGACUGUGAAGAGGAUGCCACAGCGAGGAGACGAGGGUCCUCAGUCCCGGUCCAGGCUAAAAUGACAAACAACCAGGGCAAUGAAACUGGAAGAAAAUGAAAGAAAAAGGGGGGACUGUGAAGAGCCUAAAAUGUGUUGGCAUUGACGCCUUACUGCCUACGGAGACACAAAAGCAAUUCUUCCUCCUCGAUUCCAGCGUUACGUUUUACAAGGUUGCUGUUGCGUCUGCGGUGUUUUUAUUUCAGAGUUUAGAAGCCGAUCUGCACAUGCAGAUCACGUGCGACUCAGCCGAAGUCGUUUGGCCUCCGAUGCUGAGAUUCACUAAUGGGUAUUUUAUGAGACGGCUACACUACUUCAUAAGUUCCUGUUUUUUCCCCCCCAAUUUUUAAGGUCGCUGCUCGUUCAGGAAAAGGGAAAACCUGAUUAUCUGAUCUCUCUGUGUUUUUGCAUUUGUCGGUAGUGAGUGUUCAGGUCAUUAUGGUUUCAGUGCAAUGCUUUUUUUUUUUUUCCCCAAGGAUAUGAAGCAUUGCUUCUACUCUUCUCCACCUCUCACUGAUUUAUUUAUCUGAAAAUGUUUUAUUGUAAUAUUUUUCUACCUACAUCUCGUCAGUAUUUGGUAUAAAAAUUAGCAUGUAAUCCUUUUUUUUUCAGGUAUUUGUUCUUUUCUCUCUUUCAGACCUUUUGGUAAAAGCCCCAUCAGGUCUCGACCCUCAUAUCAGGGGACGAGUUUGUGGGUCCAUUGGUUUCUCUUAGUUCUUUUCUGUUCUUUUUUUCCCCACCAUGUAUCAUUUUCACUUAUAAUCACAUUGUUCAGUUUGUAUUAACACCAAAGUUCUGAAACACUUGAGUUUAAACCACAGUGGUUUUUAUUUGGAUCAGGUUCUUCACUUCUUUUUUUUUUCUUUUUUUUUUUAACAUGCUGGUUUUUGUUGACUUUUGAGUAUUGGCAGUGUUUGUCAUUCUGAGCAUUUGUUGUUUUUUUUUUUUCUUUCCUUAAUAAAGUCUUCACUGAAACUAUAAAUUUAUCAUGUCUGUUUUGUUUUUUCUUUAAUCAUACAAAGCUUUGAAAAAGUAUUUGCCACUUCUUUUAUAACACUAUGUUAACCACACUGCUGGAUGAAUAAAUCAGGGCCGGUCCAAGCCUUUUUGGGACCCUAAG